GCUAUUAAAAGUAGAGCCGACAAAGAUGAACUUGACGCAACGAACAAAGUUUUGAAAUCUCAUAAACACAAUAUCUCCGAUAUAAAUGAACUUCAAGCUACAUUAAAUAGUAAAGCCGACAAAAAUCAUACACAUAAAUCCUUCACUACUGUUAGAGCAGACGACAUAAUAAUGAACUAUGAUUUGGGUUCAAGUGCACCUUUAGAGAAUCCGAGUACAAGCGUAAAAGAUACUCUUAACAAUUUAGAUAAGAGUUGCAGGAAUAUCGAAGAUCAUGCCAGAAACUUUGAAGCAUAUGAACUACCAUCAAUGUUAGACAGUAAAGCCGACAAAAAUCAUACACAUAAAUCCUUCACUACUGUUAGAGCAGACGACAUAAUAUUGAACUAUGAUUUGGGUUCAAGUGCACCUUUAGAGAAUCCGAGUACAAGCGUAAAAGAUACUCUUAACAAUUUAGAUAAGAGUUGCAGGAAUAUCGAAGAUCAUGCCAGAAACUUUGAAGCAUAUGAACUACCCGCAAUGUUAGACAAGAAAGCAGACAAAACAGAGCUUCAAACAUUAAAGACUCAGAUUCUUGAAACAUUAUAUCCUAUAGGCUCUAUUUAUACGUCAAUGAACUCAACAAAUCCAGCAACAGUUCUGGGUUUUGGUACAUGGCAGCAGAUUGUAGACAAAUUCUUAUACUGUGCUAACUCUUCAAAGCAAACAGGUGGUUCAAAGAAAAUUUUAGAAGCAAACCUUCCACCGCACACUCAUUCAGGAACUACAAACUUUUCUGGCGACCAUAGUCACUCAUUAAGAGACCACCCAUUAUACAACUCAGACUAUGAAGCUGGCCAUGACGUUUUAUCUCCAUCUUAUAACAAUUCAGCAAAAAAGACUUUUCGACCAACUGAACCAGGAGGAAAUCAUGUCCAUACUUUCACAACAAAUCCAACAGGCUCGGGUGCAGAUUACAUGCCACCAUUUGUGACUGUAUUUGCAUGGUACCGCGUUCAAUGA